GUUGUCACAAAUGAAAUAUGGCAUUCGAUUUGCUAACUGUCAAAUUAAUGUAAAGCGUCGAUAGGAAAAAAAUCUAAAACAUUACACAGUAAUUUACAAAAAUGUAUCAGUUUUUGAUUUAAUACAGACGACUUAAUAGAUUGCGUGUUAUAAUUUGCCUUCCAAAGCGAAAAAAAACGUUUGACAACAUGUCGAAGUGGCAAUCAGAGCGCAGUAUCCACGAGAUGCUGAAGGACACCCCACCACUGCGGGAGUCCAGCGACUCCAUCACAUCAGGCACAGAGGCAAAGUUCCCAACAUCACGCUCAAUGCCAUUCCCUCCUGCAUAUGCUCCUCCAGAUGUAUCACAGAAUGGUGCGGCAGGGUCGAGCACACUGCUCCGUGCCGGCUCUACAAAGCUUGAGUCCAUACGUAACUGGGGCGUGUCCACAUACAAGUGCACCAAGCAGAUACUGUAUGAGAAACUCGGCAAGAGCUCCCGUACUGUGGACACAGAGCUGGAGGCGCAGAUCGAGAUGGUGCGCGAGACGCAGCGCAAGUACGCGGCCGUGCUGCGGCUGAGCUGCGCGCUCACGGCGCAGCUCGCGGCCGCCGGCGCCACGCAGCGCGCGCUCGGGGAGGCCUUCGCAGACCUCGCGCAAAAGUCGCCGGAGCUGCAGAACCAGUUCCUAUACAACGCGGACACGCAGCGUGCGUUAACACGCAACGGCGAGACGCUGCUGGCGGCGCUGCACUUUUUUAACAACUCGCUCAGCACGCUCACCAACAAAACCAUCGAGGAUACGUUGCUCACCAUACGACAAUACGAGGCAGCCAGGGUGGAGUAUGACGCGUACCGCAGCGAAUUAGAAGGUAGCGGCGGCAACCCGCCCGAACUACUGCUAGCCAACAUCGAGCGACAUCGCAGGCACUACGAGCGGCUGCGGGACGACUCUGCUGUCAAGCUGAAGCUACUGCAUGAAAACAGGGUGAAAGUAAUGAACAAGCAGCUGUUGUUAUUCCACAACGCGGUGUCUGCGUACUUCAGCGGCAACAACGUGGCGCUGGAGGCGGCCGUGCGACAUUUCAAUAUCCGCACGCCGUCGCCGCCCUCGGCCACGUCGCUGCCGAGCUUGCCCACACUGCCGACGCUGCCGCCGCCGGCCGCCGCGCCGCCCGGCCCGCCCGGCCCGCCCGCACCCGCCGCUGCCUCGGCGCCGGUACUGCCGCGCUCCGCGUAGGGCCUCCACGGAGCCCGACUGAUCUCGUGGUUCGGUACUUUACCCGUUCAUUUAGUGUGACAUUAUAAACCCUCGCUCCUAUGUAUUAAGCGAUCAAUGUGAUCCAAUUAUGUUAAGUCUUAUGUACUUAUUUAUUUUCUACAUUUUUCUUUCGGGACAGGUGUGAAGAGCACAUCAGUACCACAAGUGAGAUUAAUAUCGAAAGUCAAAACCUAUGCGACAGUGAAUAACAAAUAUUAAUCUUGAUUCUGUUGCGGUACUCAAUGUCUCAUAGUGCCUGAUACAAAAAACAAAAAUUAUAUUGUAUCUUAGUAAAUUGAGGACUCCUUGCAACUGUUAGGUGUAUUGAGGUAUUUAUUUGAAUGUUUUUGUAUGUUGUCGAUGCACGCUUGUCAAUAAUGUGUAAGGGCUACUUAGUAUAUUAUAUCCAUGUAUCACGUCCAACACAUAAUGACCCCGAGUAAUCUAAAUAUAUUAAUGUCUUGUCGUUAGAUAAUUGUUUAUUGCAAUAAAAUGUGCUUUAAGUACGUAACAUGUACUGACAUUUGGACAAUUUUAGCUGUUAAUCACUAUAUAAUAUAAUAUAGCUUACGUUAUUUUUGUGACAGCUCGCUGUUGGGCAAAUUAUAAUAAAUUAUAUUAUAGAUCAAUUUAAGUUACCUAAGUAUUGAAAUUAUUUAUAUAAAUCUUUAAUAUGUGAUUGUUUACUACCCUCAUGCGUCUAACUUAAGUAGAAAAUAUAUUUCCUGGGCAAGGUAACAUCAACAGUUGGAGUUGUACAAACAUACUGUUUUGGCAUAGAAUUACAAUUCACCCAGUUUGUGAAAUUUAUAAAGAGAACUUCAACUUAAGACCGAGUAAUAAGACAGUUCAUAAUAUUUUUUUAUAGACAUUUGCAGUUGAUGGCUAAUCAGACAAGGAUGCGGUCGCUUGAUGAUAUUUCAUUCCAGUAUUGCUUUUUGCUUACUUAGUUUUAAGUGAUUUUUUGUAAUUCCAUUUUAAAAUGAAAAUUUAAUAUAAAUAUAUAAUACUAUGUUCAUUAGGCACAAGGUUUAGGAGUAAAACAUUAGCUCAAUAUUAUCCCUUCCAAUGUAUCUGCUGAAUAAAUAGCUUCAGAGUCCAUUUGAAUAUUAUAUGUAAUUUACAAAAAAAUAUCACAAUAAUAGUUCCAAUUGCACAUCAAUGUACUUGUAAGAUGUAUUGUUAUAUGUAAGGACAAUGUGGUAAAGCACAGCAGUAAGGGCCAAAAUAAAUUGGUUUACCCGCAUGACAUUAUUGAUUAUAUAGAUUCUAGUCAGUUGUAGGAGAAAAAUUAAGGAAAGAUAGUCACCGAAAUACUAAGGUCAUGCUAAUAGUUUUAUUUAUAAAAUUAUUUUGUUGUAAAAAUAUGUUGAGGCUUAAAUAUAAGAGUAAAUACUAAAUGUAACAGUUUAAAUUAUGAAUAGUGGAUACACUGUUGGGCUUUAUUGCAUUGUAUAUAUCCUUUGAAUUUGUAAUAUUGUUAACAAAAGACAAUAUGACAUGAUGAGCUCGAAUGAAUAUUGUACGACGCGGCGCGUGCGGGUCGCGUUCUGUACUCAUACUGUAUGGUAGCUAGUCAAACUUUAGUUGUUGGUGAAGUCACUGUGACAUUUGUUUAUUUUAGAACAGAAAUUAUACACAACUGUAAUUAGGUAUAAAUUAACAAUGUGUUUAUCAUAUUUUUAUCGAGUGUAAAAUAGAUCACUUGCAAUUUUA